AGUAGCACUUCAACUGUUAACGCGCUGCGCAGACUUCUUGAUUGUCUUUCAUUAUUGUUUCAAUUGUUUUACGUUGCGUAUUUAAAAGAGAGUGAGUGGAUGAAUUUUUUUUGCGAUAUCGUUUUGGUUUUUUUGUGCAAUUAGGGAUUUUUAAGGAGUAGUCAUUUCAGUUGCAAUUAAAAUGAUACCACGGCCCAGGGGAAAGCUUAGGACAGCCCUGUUUAUAUGUUUAGUGAUAGUAUUAGUAAAUCUAGCAUCAAGUGAAAGAGCAUCAAGACGUAGACUGCGUAGACCGGUUACAGAAAAAAGUGUAUCAGUGUCCAAAGAUCAAGAAGUGUCAUCGAGUGUGAACAAAUUUCGGGUGAGGACUAGAGCAGGUCACAGAAAAAAUUCGGACAACGCUUUAUCAGCGAACACAAAGAAGGAAAAUAAGGAUGAAGGUUACAAAGUCGUUUGUUACUACACCAAUUGGUCCCAGUACAGGACGAAAAUCGCCAAGUUCACACCGGAAGAUAUUCUUCCAGAUUUAUGUACCCACAUCAUUUUCGCUUUCGGUUGGUUGAAGAAAGGAAAAUUGUCAUCAUUCGAGAGCAACGAUGAGACCAAAGACGGAAAAGUUGGAUUGUACGAAAGGAUACAAAAGUUGAAGAAAGGAAACCCCAAGUUGAAGACGUUACUCGCCAUUGGUGGUUGGUCAUUUGGAACGCAGAAAUUCAAAGAUAUGUCAGCUACAAGAUACAGUCGCCAGACCUUUAUUUACAGCGCCAUUCCAUUUUUGAGGCAGAGAGGUUUCGAUGGUUUGGAUUUGGAUUGGGAGUACCCCAAAGGCUCUGCAGACAAGAAAAACUAUGUCCAUCUUCUUAAAGAACUCCGCGAAGCCUUCGAAGCCGAAGCCCAAGAAAUCAAGAAGCCCACUCUUCUCCUAACAGCCGCAGUCCCAGUGGGCCCGGAUAACAUCAAAGCCGGAUAUGACGUGCCUGCAGUAGCCUCCUAUCUAGAUUUCAUCAACCUCAUGGCCUACGAUUUCCACGGCAAGUGGGAGAGAGAAACAGGCCAUAAUGCCCCUCUAUACUCGCCGAAUAGCGACAGCCAAUACCAGAAGCAAUUAAAUGUGGAACACGCUGCUAACCUGUGGGUUAAACUGGGGGCUCCCAAGGAGAAAAUGGUGAUCGGUAUGCCCACGUAUGGAAGAUCUUUCACGUUGCAAAACGCGAAUAAGUUUGGGGUACACUCUGCUGCCUCCGGGGGUGGUAAAGAAGGUGUCUACACCAAGGAAGGAGGUUUUUUGGCCUACUAUGAAAUCUGCGAAAAACUCCAAAAUGGCGCCUCAUACGUUUGGGAUGAAGAAAUGAAAGUGCCAUACGCUAUAGACGGUGAUCAAUGGAUAGGUUUCGAUGAUGAAAAGUCCAUUAGAUACAAGAUGAAGUGGAUUAAGGAAAACAGUUUUGGUGGUGCCAUGGUGUGGACAAUUGAUAUGGACGACUUUACUGGAACAGUGUGUGGGGGAGAGGUCAAAUAUCCACUCAUAGGAGCCAUGAGGGAAGAACUCAGAGGAAUCUCCAGAGGUAAAGACGUGAAGGACAUUGAUUGGCUUACCGUGGCUGGAAGUCCUGAAGUUGAAGAAGAAGAAGAAAUCGAAGAAUCCGAAGAAGAUGAAGAGGAAGAGAAACCAAAACCAGUAAAAUCCGAAGUAUCAAAGAGAGUCAAGAAACCAAACAGAAAGAUAUCUAAGGGGAGAAAGAGCAACAAAAAAGUUCGCAAGCCACAAGUGUUCUGCUACAUCACAAGCUGGUCUCAAAAACGCCCAGGUGCUGGAAAAUUCUUACCAGAAGAUAUAAACCCAUCCCUAUGCACUCACAUUAUCUACGCCUUUGCCACCAUCAAAGACCACAAAUUGGUUGAGGCUAAUGAGGAUAAAGACCCGGAAAUGUACGAACGAGUAAUCGAGUUGAGAGAAAAGAACCCCGACUUGAAGAUUCUACUAGCAAUUGGUGGCUGGGCCUUUGGAUCAUCUCCAUUCAAAGAACUUACUGGAAACACCUUCAGAAUGAAUCAAUUUGUGUAUGAAGCCAUAGAAUUUUUAAGAGAAUACCAAUUCAAUGGAUUAGAUGUAGAUUGGGAGUACCCCAGAGGAGCUGACGAUAGAGUAGCUUAUGUGAGCCUACUUAAAGAGUUGAGACUGGCUUUUGAAGGGGAAGCAAAAAGCAGUGGACAACCACGUCUCCUUCUAACAGCCGCUGUCCCAGCUAGCUUCGAAGCCAUAGCUGCAGGUUAUGAUGUACCAGAAAUUUCUAAAUACCUUGAUUUCAUCAAUGUUAUGACGUAUGAUUUCCAUGGUCAAUGGGAAAGAACUGUUGGACACAAUUCUCCUCUUUUCCCUCUUGAAAGUGCUACUAAAUACCAGAAGAAACUCACAGUGGAUUACUCUGCUAGAGAAUGGGUCAAACAAGGAGCCCCGAAAGAAAAGUUGAUGAUUGGUAUGCCAACAUAUGGAAGAAGCUUUGAACUAGUAAACACAACUCAGUUUGAUAUUGGUGCACCAGCUAGCGGGGGUGGUAUACCAGGAAGAUACACCAAUGAGUCUGGAUUCAUGAGCUUCUACGAAAUUUGCGACUUUUUACAUGAAGACAACACAACGUUGGUGUGGGAUAACGAACAACAAGUGCCUUUCGCUUACAGAGAGAACCAGUGGGUUGGUUUUGACGAUGAGAGAAGCUUGAAAACCAAGAUCGCUUGGUUGAAAGAAGAAGGUUUUGGUGGCAUCAUGAUCUGGUCCAUAGAUAUGGACGACUUCAGAGGAUCCUGUGGAAGUGGCAAGUAUCCUUUGAUAAACGCCAUGAGGCAAGAAUUGGAUGGGUAUAAAGUAAAAUUGGAAUAUGAUGGGCCAUAUGAAACUAAUAUUGAAAACGGCAGAUACACUACCAAAGAUCCCAACAUAGUGACAUGCGAGGAGGAAGAAGGCCACAUCAGCUACCAUGCCGACAAAAACGACUGCAAAAUGUACUGGAUGUGCGAGGGGGAGCGCAAACACCACAUGCCUUGUCCGGUUAACCUUGUUUUCAACCCGGAUCAGAACGUUUGUGAUUGGCCAGAGAACGUAGCCGCUUGUUCGGCAUACACCCAAGCUCCACCACCGAGUAGAUAAAGAAAAUAAUUGAUUUGUUGAAAAAAUGUUUUUUAGAGGUGUUCCAAAUCCAGUAAACUAAGUGAUUUAUUUGGUUUACUGGAUAAAGUUAUAAUUUUGUUAAAUUUACAAAUUCAAAUGAGGUUAUAUUAUUUUUAUAAUUUGUAUAUAGAAAGAACUUUUUCUUAAAAAAUGUUAUUUUUUCAUUGACUGACACGUUUUCUCUUCUUCUUCCUCUUCUUUAAUUAACCCAACACUGCCAUAUUGUAAUUUUUGUUUUUUUUUCAAUAUUCUGAUUUUCCUAGUAAUAUUUCUUUAUGAUUAAUUAUAUAAAAGCCCCACAUAUUUAUAAACCCUAUGUUAAGUUUAGGAUAGAUCGAUAUUUUUCGCGAUAUGGUAUACUAGAUGUAUAUUUUGUAUUAUUUUAUAUAAUAUUUAAGGUUUAUUAUUGUAAAUAUCG